CCCGUACACUUUCCUCGAUGCCCAAAAAGCAUCAUAGGUCUACUUUCACCAAACCGGCUAGCACCGCUCACCAUACUCUAGCUUCCUCUGGCCUCCGAGAUGAUCGUUUCCGGUCGUCAUCAACUGAGCAGCCAUCCGUCAACGACCUGAUCAACCAUCUCCGCCGUACCCAGGUGUCCAGCUCUCCUUCCGAGGAUGGCACCAGAGCUCCUUUCAGGACGGUCGCGCCGCGAUCCGUCCAUCCAUCGCUGCGUAACCUACUAGAGCUCCCCGAAACGCCGCCUCCCCGCCCUCGCCCAGAUGCCCGCCGCGCCGGAGUUGGUGGGCGACGGGUGAGAAGGACCGCUGGGCCACCGCCACCUGAGAGCUGGCUGCUAGGAAACUAUUCAUCGGAGAAUCCAGAGGAAACCGGUCUGGAAGCUGGCACAGCGGAGGCCGAGAGAAUCAUAUAUCGCCUCGAUCGUCUCCCGGGUACGACGUUUCCCCGAAGAACCUCCUUGCUACAUAUGCUGCUCAAAUCUAUGGCUUUACAUUGGGCUUGGCAUCUUGAAUAUGACGGGCAGUUCCUUGCACUCCUACCUAGUCAUAUCAAAGUGCUACUACUUAGCUAUGUCGGCAUCCACGCAAGAGACCAGCCGUUGCGGGGUAUGAUGCAUGGUCUAAGACCGCUGAUUGAGAAACAUCGGCCUGAAGAAGACGAUAUAUCGCAGGACAGUGAUUUGGAGAUAAGCCGCUUGGAUCUAGGCGGUGCGGUAGGGCGCUGGAUGACCUGGAAGCAGCUUUCCAGCGAGCUAAUCGUGUCCGCGAAACCCAGUACGGUGCAACAUACUAUGAAAGAGCCCGUCCCAGCGUCCUGGGAGGAUAAAUUGAGCGAGGAUGAUGAACCUGCCAUCGCUGAGAAUACUCUUCUCCCUAAAACACUGACCCAAGGACUGCGCUUUGAGAAUCUCCGUUAUCUCUCACUAGCGCAUCCAGUUCCAUCUGCUACUAACUGGAACUCGCUCAUCAACCUCCUCUCCCGCCUUUCAACCAUAACCCACCUAUCGUUGGCACAUUGGCCCGUCCCGACAGUCACACCGAACGCUGUUAACGCCCGCGUACGACACCCAACGCAAAGAUCCUUAACCUUUGCCUACGGCGGCACAGACGCAUACUCUUCAUUCGAGAACAACUGGGCUGAAGCAGCCGGUAUCCUGCGGAGACUCUCCCGCGCAACUUACUGUCUGAAAUGGCUAGACCUAGAAGGUUGCGGCGACUGGGUCCCAGCACUGAACUGGGACGGCGUGGGACCAGAUGGCGAGGCGUACGUCGCCGGUCCAGAAUGGAAUGGGUCAUGGAGAGAUAUCGAGUUUAUCCGUCUAGGUCCAGGAUGGCUUCCUCAUAUUGAUGAUAGCGAGUUACUGCCUCUUCACGCUUCUUCUGGACAAUCUGCUGCUGCGUCUUUAUCUCUCGCAGCAUCAUCUUCUUCUUCUGUGCCCCGUUCUCUAGCAUUCUCUAUGCAUGCUCCGUCUCCUGAUCAGCCGACGGAUUCCGAUGAUCUUCCAUGGGACGUCGAAGUGGAACGAGUUAAGUAUCGUCGCGAGAAGGAGCUGGAACGAUAUCGUGAAGCCGUGCAAGCUGCGAAAGCAGUGCAGCAGCGAGUACAGCGGACGAGAAAGGCGGGCAAGGGAAAGUGGGUGCAAUUUUCUUUCGGCUUAGACGGGUUGGAAGAGGAUGUCCUUAGGCGGUUGCUCGGGAAGGAGUAUUUGAGUCUUCUCCCUUGAUGGGAUGAGACCUGGUUGUAUAUACAUUCAACUAUUAGUACAUGGCGCCGCGGGAAACCGGUGAGGUAAAUGCCAUUGUAGGGCUAUCUUAACUUGUAUAUUCGAAUAGAGUCAUUGCCAACAGCUUACUUCUAUGAGUUAUAGUUUUCUUACCUGGCUGUCUACCUUCUCAGGUCACUCGGAUGUCUGAAUUCGUAGCUCGUAAAGCCGACUUCCUAAAAGGAUAGACAGCGAGUGCCUGAGGUAUUUAAAUCUAUGUUGGAGCAGUUAGUAAAUACCGGAUCAUAA